CCCCCUUCUCGCAAAUCACAGCAACCCAUCACCACCCCUCCCCCCAAUCCCACUCGCGCAGCAGCUCCAAGAGGAUCGUCGGCGACCAUGUCCGGCCGCGGCAAGGGAGGCAAGGGGCUCGGCAAGGGCGGCGCGAAGCGCCACAGGAAGGUGCUGCGCGACAACAUCCAGGGCAUCACCAAGCCGGCCAUCCGGCGCCUGGCGAGGAGGGGCGGCGUGAAGCGCAUCUCCGGCCUCAUCUACGAGGAGACCCGCGGCGUGCUCAAGAUCUUCCUCGAGAACGUCAUCCGCGACGCCGUCACCUACACCGAGCACGCACGCCGGAAGACCGUCACCGCCAUGGACGUCGUGUACGCGCUCAAGCGCCAGGGCCGCACCCUCUACGGCUUCGGCGGCUGCAGCGCGGCAACGCGCGGAAAGGUUUCGAGCUGGCGCGUCACUGAACGAAAAUUUUCAGGCGCACCCCGCCAAUCUACCGCGCCGAGCCUCCCGCCACGUCACGGAUCCGCGGCAUCCACACCCGGAUCGCGGCCUCGACCUCCCCAAUUCCGUGGCACGCAUCGCCUUCCUCCCGCCCCUUUUAAUCCCCUUCCCCGCUUCCCCCAAGUCGCAACACCACAAGCCACCACCGCUCCUCGACCUUCAUCCGCUCUCUCAGCUCGAACCAAGGCGAGUUCGUCGGCGACCAUGUCUGGGCGCGGCAAGGGAGGCAAGGGUCUCGGCAAGGGCGGCGCCAAGCGCCACCGGAAGGUGCUGCGCGACAACAUCCAGGGCAUCACCAAGCCGGCCAUCCGGCGCCUGGCUCGGAGAGGCGGCGUGAAGCGCAUCUCGGGGCUCAUCUACGAGGAGACCCGCGGCGUGCUCAAGAUCUUCCUCGAGAACGUCAUCCGCGACGCCGUCACCUACACGGAGCACGCCCGCCGCAAGACCGUCACCGCCAUGGACGUCGUCUACGCGCUCAAGCGCCAGGGCCGCACCCUCUACGGCUUCGGCGGCUAGGCGUCCACCUUCGUCCGCAGCUCGUCGCCGCCUCGUCGUCAGUCAACAACUCCGCCCCGCUGUGGCCCCGGGCGCGAGGAAACUGCCAUGUCUUAUGUUCAGUAGCUGUAGCCGGAACAAUGUCACCUGUUCCCCCAUUUGUCUAUCGCAGAAUCUCUCUAGUUACCUUGUAGCUCCAUGAGCCCAGUUGUGAAAUCGAAUAUAUCGUCUUCCCGUGCAAA